UACCUAGUAGCAAUAAAAACCCCCCAAAUUCAACCAACUCACCCAUCAAUCUGCUCUCUCUAAUCUCUCUCUCUCUCUCUCUCUCUCUCUCUCUCUCUCUCUCUCUCUCGCUCAUUUGCCUAAUUCUUCUGAUUGCGCCGGGAUCUAAAAUCCUCAAUUAGCUGCUUUUAAAAACUCAUUUGGCUAAUUCUUUUUUUUGCAGGGUUUAAAUUCAUCUUUCUUUGGUCAUUGUUAUUGCCAUUAUAUUAUCUUUUGUUUGGUUGUCUUUUGUGUUUUGUUUUUGUUUCAGUAUUGUGUUUGCAGGAAUUUAAGAAAUGGAUUCACGAGGAGUAUUUCAAGAAAUCUCUUUUUCCAGAAAGAAUUCUAAAGAAAAUUUGGACAGGUUCAUACCAAAUCGAUCAGCUAUGGAUUUUGAUUACGCACACUACAUGUUGACUGAUGGGAGGAAAGGUAAGGAAAAUCCUGCAGCAAGCUCUCCAUCAAAGGAGGCUUAUCAGAAGCAGCUGAGGGAGGUAUUCAACAUGAACAGGACUAGGAUUCUUGCAUUCAAGAACAAGCCACCAACUCCAGUUGAAUUUAUGCCCCCGGAGUAUGCUACUGCCCAACAAUCCAAGCCCGUUAAGCCUCGCAGGCACAUUCCUCAGACUUCAGAGCGCACUUUGGAUGCCCCUGAUCUUUUAGAUGACUACUACUUGAAUCUACUAGAUUGGGGUAGCAGCAAUGUACUAGCUAUCGCUCUUGGAACCACAGUAUACCUUUGGGAUGCAUCAAGUGGUUCUACUUCAGAACUUGUCACUGUUGAUGAAGAUAAAGGCCCAGUAACCAGUGUUAAUUGGGCUCCUGAUGGCCGUCACAUUGCCGUUGGGCUGAACAAUGCUGAGGUUCAGCUUUGGGAUUCUACAGCAAAUCGACAGCUGAGGACUUUAAGAGGCGGUCAUCGAGCUCGUGUUGGGUCACUAGCAUGGAACAAUAACAUCCUCACGACUGGAUCAAUGGACAGCCAAAUUAUCAAUAAUGAUGUGAGGAUUAGAGAUCACAUUGUGGAGACCUACAGAGGACACCAACAAGAGGUUUGUGGGUUGAAAUGGUCCGCUUCUGGAAGCCAGCUAGCUAGUGGUGGUAAUGACAACCUUCUUCAUAUUUGGGAUAGAUCAAUGGCAUCGUCAAAUUCUGCUACACAGUAUUUGCAUAGGCUAGAAAACCACACAGCCGCAGUUAAAGCCCUGGCCUGGUGCCCAUUCCAGAGUAAUUUGUUGGCUUCUGGAGGAGGUGGAGGUGACCGAUGCAUUAAGUUCUGGAACACCCACACUGGAGCAUGCUUGAACUCAGUUGACACUGGGUCCCAGGUUUGUUCUUUACUGUGGAGCAAGAAUGAGCGCGAGCUGCUGAGCUCACAUGGUUUCACUCAGAACCAGCUGACCUUGUGGAAAUACCCAUCAAUGGUGAAAAUGGCUGAGCUAACAGGGCAUACUUCCAGAGUACUAUUUAUGGCUCAGAGUCCAGAUGGAUGCACAGUGGCUUCAGCUGCAGGAGACGAGACACUAAGGUUUUGGAAUGUGUUUGGAACACCUGAAGUUGCUAAACCUGCACCGAAAGCAGCUCCUGAGCCAUUUGCCCAUGUAAAUCGCAUACGAUAAUCCCCUGUCGCUUUGUAGGAUUUUACGUUUGUAAGUACAAUUCCGAUUAUGGAGAUAAUAAUACACUUUAAAAUUUUUGAAGCAAAUAUGAAAGGAUUGUAAAUAGUGUAGUUCACUUGUAAUAAAUAGUUGUGACCGUAAAUGAAGUCUGUUGAGUGCCUGUCUCAACCUUUUCUUGUUCAAACAUCACCAUUUGUUAUACUUUCUUCAAACAUUAAAUUUGACUUCAAUUAUCAGCAUCCUCUUACAAGUUCCAUUCCUCUCUCUAAAACUGAGUGAUCAUUGUAGUAAUGGUAGUAUGCCCUCUCACAUAUCUAUAUCGACCUAAAAUUUUCAUACUCACCCCCUAUGGACGGUUAUAAGUUUUGUUUCCCUACUCGGUU